AUGAAUAUUUUCAUGUCUGAGCAGCGCAACUGUCAGGUUUUCAAGGAAGAAUUUAAAUUCGUCAGCUGCAAAUGUGAAGAAUCACCAAAAGGCCCAGUUCCCUUAGGUAUGGAAAGUGGAGUUAUUACUGACUCGCAGAUUAGUGCAUCUUCCGUGUAUUAUAAUACACAUGGCCCACAGAAUGGUAGAUUACAUUUCAAGGGGGCCAAAGCCCCGUUGGCGUUUGUAUCUGCUGGCUGGGCAGCUGAUCUGCUAAACACCAACCAAUGGCUGCAAGUGGAUCUUCGGAAUACCGCAAGGGUGAUAGGCAUAGCGACGCAGGGGAGACAUGAUUACGAUCAGUGGGUUACUAAAUACAAGCUACAAUAUGGCGACGAUGGACAAACUUACAGUAUCUACAGGCGAAACGGUGACACUUCAGAUACGAUUUUCCCAGGAAACACUGACAGGGACACAGUUGUGUAUCACGAUCUUAACCCGGUCAUUGAUGCUCGCUUCGUUCGAGUUCUUCCGAUGGAAUGGUUUGAGUUUAUCGGAAUGAGAAUGGAGCUUUACUCUUGUCAAGGCGAAUGGACUACAUUUCACUGAGUGCUGGUCCUCAAA